AUGAGAAAAUGGUUUGUAAGAAAAUUCGUAUAAACAACAAUUCCUAUUUUACAUAUAGGUAAAGGUUAUUUAAUUUUAAACAGAUUUCUUAAAUAUUAGUUGAAGGACAAUUUCUUCUAACCAGUUAAUUAUGUUGAGUCCAGUGUGUCUCAUGAUGAGAAGUCCAAAAAAUUAGAUGUAUUGUUGAAUACUCAAGGAUCUAGAGAGAUCAGACAGAUCAUUUAUGGGAACAGUUAAUUGCAAAUACCCAUAAAAUCCAUAUUCACUUAUUUAUUUUAGGAAUUAACAAGUCCAUUCUACAUCUUAUAGUACUUUUCAGUAUUGUUGUGGAUAGCAGAAGGAUUUAUAAUAUUUGCAAUCGUCCUGCUAUCCUUUUCUUUUUUGGCUUGCAUAAUCAACUAUUACCUUAUGAGAAGGUCGAGAGUCCAAUUGUAAUAAUUGGCAACAAUCCAAUAGUCAGUGACAUUGAAGGACAAUUCAAUAAUACAGGGAAGUGAUUUAGUGGUAGGAGACUUAUUCUAUGUCUAUGACAACUAAUAGCUCAAUUGUGAUUCCAUAUUAAUCUCUGGAGAUGUGAUGGUUAAUGAGGCAACUCUAACUGGUGAAUCCAUUCCUGUUCCAAAAUAGUCAAUUACGGAAUUAACAAAUGAGAUUUCUUAGAAUACCCUAUUUGAAGGUACUAAAGUCAUUUAAGUGUCUCAAUAUCAAUAGAAUAUUGCUCUGGUAAUAAGGACAGGCUAUAGUUCAGUGAGAGGAUAGUACUUUAGGAAUGUAAUAUUUCCACCUCCUCCUUCCAGAUAAUUUUACCUCUAAGCCUGUAAAUUUUUGGUGAUUCUUGGUCUUAUUAUUCUAACCAUCUUCACAUUGCUCUAUCUUACACAAUAUCAAUUUAUGAAUUAUUCAUCAAAAUUGAUAAUAAUUAGAUAUUUAGAUGUAGUUACUUGGAUUGUCCCACCGGCAUUGCCAAUCUUUUUCUCUUUGGCACAAGCAAUAUCAUUAUUAAGGUUGAAAUCAGAAGAUAUAAUGGGAUCUAAUCCCAUAAAGGCUGAAGAAGCAGGUAAGAUUGACACAAUUUGCUUUGACAAAACUGGUACUCUGUCUACUUUGGGGUUGCAAGCACAUGAUUAUUAUCCACAAAAUGAUGAAAUCUUGGGAAUUAUGGCUUGUUGUCAUCAUUUAGUAAUAGUGAAAGAUGAACUAAUGGGAGAUCCAUUGGAAUUAGAAAUGUUUAAGAAGACAAAUUGGGACAUUAGUUUUGAUGAUCAAAAGUAUUUUCAGGUGACUAAUUAACUAAAAACAUUUAAAAUUAUACGUAUUUUUGAGUUCAGUUCUCAACUUUAGAUGAUGAGUGUUGUGGCUCAUAAUAUAAAUGACGACAGUUACACUUUAUUUAUUAAAGGAUCACCUGAAAAAUUGAUUUAAAUGUCAGCUAAUUAAUUGAAUAAUACUAUCCAGGAACAAUUGUAGAUAAAGACGUUUAAUGGACUUAGAGUGAUUGGAUUAGGUUAUAAGGCAUUGCUUCCUGAUUAGAUUAAUUUGGAUAGAAAUGUUUUAGAGAAUUAAAUCAAUUUUUCAGGUAUCUUUACCUUAGAGAACAGUUUGAAGAAAGACACAAGUCAUGUGAUAGAGGAAUUAUUGGAUUCCAAUUUGGAUAUCAGAGUCAUAUCUGGAGACAAUGCUCUAACAACAACGCAUUGUGCAUUUGAAUCUAAAAUAAUAGAAAAUAAAUCCAAUACUCUCAUUAUAGAUUAUGAUCAAUCUACUGAUUCCUUAUUGAUUUAAGAUUUAAGACAAUAGAUCCCCUCGUCUAGUCGAUCCUCAUGCGAUGGCAAACCAGGAUCGCAGUAUAAUUUCAUCUUGACAUAAUUAGAUGCAAUUUAUAAUAGUGAUUGCAAUUAUGCCAUAACAGGUAAUUUGUGGAGUGUUUUGAUGCAAAACAAAGUGAACGAGGUGUCUAUGAAUUAAUCAAGUGAUAUAUAAUAGUAUAACUAAUUAAAGUAGAUUGACGAGAUUGAUCAAAAAUCUAUUGAGUGUUUGAAUAAGGUGGUCAGAAAAACUAAGAUAUUUUCUAGAAUGAAACCACAUCAAAAGAAAGAGAUCGUUUAAUAUUUAUAGAAUCAACUGAAUAAGUAUGUCAUGAUGGUGGGAGAUGGAGCAAACGAUUGUUCAGCCAUAGCCGAAUCACUUGUGGGUGUGUCCUUUAGUUCCUCAGAUGCCUCAUAUACAUCUCCUUUCAGCAAUAGGUCUGACUCCAUUAAGUGUGUCAUCUCUAUUCUACUCUAAGGAAGAGCAACCAAGAGGAUCAUCAUUGAACUAUUCUAAUACUUAGUACUCAUCAGUGUCUUAAAAUUUGCUGGAACUGCUCUCCUAUAAUUUCAAGGCAUGAAUUUUGGAGAUUUCCAAUAUAUCUUCAUGAAUUACAUGUCAAGUGUUCCUGUCUUAAUUCUAAUGACUCUGUCUUCUAAGUCUGAUAAAUUGACUACAUCAAAGCCAAAUGAUGAUGUAUUUGCCAUUCCAAACCAAUUACAAUUUUACAAUAUCUUCAUCUUUACAUCCUUAGGGUGUAUCAUUUUAUCCGCUAUUGUGAUGCAACACUCCGAACAACCUAUACCCUCUCCUAUUGAAACUUACACUAGAGAAGGCCCAUUGAAUUCAGUAAUGAUGCUGGCCAAUCAGUAUUACAAUAUGCUCAUCUGCAUUAUUUUAUAUCAAUCUCAUCCUUUUAAAAGUAAUGUGUCAUAUCUAAUAUAAGCUAAAUUCUAUUAAAAUUAUCCUUUGACCAUUUGGAUACUUGGAUGUUUACUUAUAGCAAUUGUCACAAACUUUAGUAAUCCCUCUAGAGGAUGGCUUUCUAUUGUUAAUAUCAAUGAUGAAAUUUUCGAUCACAGCGAUCUUAUUGUAUUUUCUGUCAUUAUUUGUACAAGCGUUUUAUGUUAAAUUUGUUAAAUCACAAUGUAAAAAUUAUUUCCAACUAUUAAACCUAUUCAAAAAUGA